AUGGCGCAGAAUGUCAAGUACCUGGAUGCAGGGGUCUACAUGAUCCAUGUUUUGACCCUCAAUGUGGGAACGGCAGCAUCCCCUGUGUUUCAAGAGACUUUUGCAAUUCCUUUGAUGCAGCGCCGGACAGGUGCUCUUUUUGCAUUGCCCAUGGGAGCAAUUCCAGAUCCUCUGCUUCAAGCUGGCAUGACAGCCUCACCAGAAGACCUUAUUGGUCCUUCAACUACGGUGACAGUUCCCGUUGUGCUGGAGGAGGUGGAUGGCACCGAGGCUCCUACAGAUCAAGAUAUGGAUGUGAUGAUCGUCGACUUCCACAUAGCAGUCUUGGAGAGUGUCAGAGGAUUCGACCCUGUGACCGAAGGCCCAGGGAUCCAGCUUUUCUCGCCUUCCGGUCCGGAUGUUCUGCCAGAAUCCAGCUCCCUUCUUCUGGCGGCUUACUCAUGGUUGGAAGAGGGGGCCGAAGGUCGGACCCAAUUCUACUCUGCAGAGGCGCCUCCACCGGCAUCAGCUGCGCCGGCCAAGUCAAAUCCUGCGGGACGUGGCAAGACGAAGGCCUCCCCUGGUGGGGCUUCUACGCCCAAGAGAGUGACUACGGCGACCUUAGCAGAGCAGCUUGCAGAGUUAUCCAAGAACCUUCCGGCCAUCUCCACUCGGCUCGAUGCUAUGGCAGAAAGACAGAACAAGGUGGAAGCUCUUUUGUCGGCAGGGACAGCCCAGCAAUCUGCUCCUACUCCGGCCUACCGACAGAACUUCGAAAGGCCAUCAGCUCUGAGAAAAGCCUCUCCUUUGCAGUUCAUGCAGGACAUCGGGAGUCCGCCUCGUGUUCGGGCUCUUCAGGACAAGGCAAAGCCAACUGCCGUGACUACUAUGGAGGAGGACGAGCCCGAGUUGCUUCCUUGCGAUCCAGACUUUCAAGUUGUAGAGGCCUCAAAGGGAGACCUUUCAGCAGGCAUGCCAGAAGCCAUCAUGCGGCAGUCUCAAGCCUUGACAACCCUGGUGGCACACUUGGUGGGUCAGGACAGCCUACAGGACUUCCCUUCAGCGGCAUCUUCGUCGGUCCUGUCCUUGAAGGGGUCAGCCAAGCGGGACAAGCUUCUUUCAGACCUUUCUCUCAGAAAGGGCAACUUCCUUCUGAAGGGGAUUGCUUUGGAGAAUUUGCGAAAAAUGCUGAAGGCCUUCGGUAGCUCAGGGGAAAACUUUCAGGUGCAGAAGAAGGCUUUGUUGUGGGAGAAGACUUGGGGCCUUCUUGGACGUGACGAGGAGCUCCGGGCAGGAAACCCCUUCCGAGGCCAUGACCUUGCCACUGGAUUGGUGAUUGAUGACUUCUAUGCCAUAUCCAUUGAGGAAGCAGAUUUGCCUGCACAUAUCCCUGGAGAAGGUCUUUCCAAAGAUCGGCCACUUGCUGUUGCUCAGUUACUAUGUGCUCAGCGUGCUUAUGAUGCCGAAGGCCUGUUGGGAUCCCCUCAGAAGGACGUGCGUGAUGCUAUGAAAGCAAAGGUCAGUGGUGCUGAAUUUGACUCUAGCCCCUCUACCAGGAAGCUUGGCCUGACCACAGUUGCAGCUCCUGCUCAGAAGCGGCUUGCUCUUGCAUUCAUCUCCCUGGUCGUGGACUACAGAUGCUCUACAUGCUUGCCUACUUGGAGGGAUCACCCUCAUAUCGUUCCCUUGAGCCGAGGUGUGGCAGAAGAGCUUGUUCUGCUUGCAGUGCUGUGCCCUUUCUUUGCGACAGAUCUCUCAGUAGAGGUGCAACCCAGAUGUUUCUGUACUGACUCUUCUGAUAGCAAAGGAGCCAUCGUCUCAUGCAGCCUUGAAGAAGAUUGGGCCCGAGUUUUGGUCAGAACUGGUCGUCGGAAGGCCACCUACACUCGGAUGCUGAACAGGCAUGAGGCCAUCUUGAAGAAGAUAGAUCCUGACUUUGAGGAGACUGGCGGCUUCAAUGAAGAGACAGCUGUGGAAAGGCCUAGAGCUUUUCGUUUCCACUUCAUUGAGAUUUGCGGUGGAGCUGGUAAGGUCGCUGCUGCUCUCAGUGCAAAAGGAUGGACUGUAGGGCCAGUCCUAGAUAUUGAUCGAUCGCCUCACUAUGACUUGGCAAGCCUCCGAUUGCUUCAGUGGAUCUUUUUCAUGCUGGAAGAUGGCAGGCUUGACUCUUUCAUGGUGGAGCCUCCCUGUACGACCUUUAGCCCAGCUCAGUAUCCUCCAUCUCGGAGCUAUGACCUUCCUCGAGGUUUCGACCCACAGGAGCCUAAGACAUUGCAAGGAACUACACUUGCCCUUCGAGCACUUUCUCUGAUGUCUCUUGCUGCUCAGCUGGCUAUUCCAGGGCUCCUUGAGCAGCCCCGGAGAUCAAAGAUGAAGAAGCUUGAGGAGUGGCAAAGGCUGCUUGAGUUUGGAUGGGCUCAUGAGGUUUGGACCGCUUCUUGCAUGUAUGGUUCCCCUCACAGAAAGGAGUUCGUCUUUUUGCUGGUUGCAAUGCAGGCAGAGCAGCUACACCGAAAGUGCGAUGGAUGUCAUGAACACAUACCAAUUCAAGGUCAGUGGACAAAACCUUCGGCUACAUACACAGAUGAGUUGGCUGAAGCUUUGGCAGAAGCCUUCCACCAGGCUUUGAAUGACAGGCUGAGAAGUGAAAAGGACCAUGAUCUUCAGGUCGAUGGCCUAGAGAACAUACUGGUCAACGAUGUGAUCCUGUCAAGAACAUGGGAUUUGGAGCAGGUAUGGCGUUGGCAGAAGCCUGCCCACAUCAACAUCCAAGAGACCAUGGCAGUAGAGAGGCUCUUUAAGCAGGAGGCCGUUUUGAGACCAAAGACAAGGUUUCCGCUCAUCAUGGACUCCAACGUCAGCCUUUCUGCUUUGGUGAAAGGAAGGUCGCCGUCAAAAGGGCUCAGGAAGAGCCUUCGAAGAGUUGGUGCCACCUUGAUUGCUGGAUGUCUUUAUCCUUCGCUGCACUUUGGGCCGACUAGGAUCUUGCCAGCUGACCAUCCUACACGAGAUCAUGAUCUGCCUGACCCUUGUGAGAGUUGUGUGCCCAAACCUUGCCCUUUCGCUGAUUUGCUCGACUUCAGCCGUAUCAGGACAUUGCGGCGCUUUGCAUCAAACUGGCUCCGGCUGUUCCUGCUCUUACUUGAGACUGUUCCGCCGUGGAUCAAUGAUAAAGAUGCCUGGCGCUAUGGCCACGUGAAUUUUCGAAGUUUCUCUGCUCAUCGGAGAUUUCAUGGCUACCUGGAAUUUGACCAGACUUUGGUUUUUCCAGGGGAAGGUCCUGGAUUUGGGCCUUUCUCUUGUCGGCCUUGGGCUUUGGCCUGCUUGGUUUUCCCAUGCACUGUCAUCUUGAGCUCAGCUUUGUUGACUGCAGCUAUCCUCUUUGGACUUUGCUGUUCUCUUGGACUCCUGGCUCUUGCUCAGAAGAAGGGACGGCCGGCUACUGCAAGCCGGUUCCGCCUUCACCCAUGCGUGCCCGGGCCCUUCGGUUUCCCCCGGAAAGGUGUUUGGGUUCUUUUGGGGAUUUGGUUGGCACUACCCCAUGUAGACGCGGCGCCCCAUGUUAGCCAUGGAAUGCACCUGAUCCCAAGGAACCAAGCUGACAAGGUACGAGCCCAAGGUCGUGACAACCUUGAACUGCCGAAAGGCAGGCCUGUGCUGCCGGCCACUCAGAAACAGCGGGAUCGGUUGCUGGAAGAUUUUUCAUCAUGGUUGGGCAGUCAAGGGGUUUCAUUUGAGGAGCUAGUCAUGGUCUUGGACCCUGAUAUCGAAAUGGUCAACAUGAUGUUGGAAAGAUUUGGACGUGAGCUCUACAAGGCAGGACGCCCAUAUGGGCAUUACAGUGAGCUGAUCAACGGAGUGGCUGGAAAGCGGCCAAGGAUCCGACGCUCGCUACAGCCAGCGUGGGACCUGGCCUACACGUGGCUGCGGCAAGAGCCGCCAAGCCACCACCUGGCGCUGCCGUGGCAAGCGCUCUUGAGCCUUCUCUCUACCUCACUGAUGUGGGGCUGGAGCAAAGUUGCUGGAGUGAUCGCCCUAUCCUGGGGCGGGAUCACGCGAAUUGGUGAAGCUCUUUCUGCAUGCCGCAGGGACCUGGUCCUGCCCCAGGACGUGGAGUGGACCACCAACUACGCCCUACUACAGAUAGCUGAACCGAAGACAAGAUACAAGGCGGCCCGGCAUCAAGUGGCCAGGCUGGAUCAGCCGCAGCUCCUUCAGGUGGUGACCUUAGCAUUUGGCCACUUGAGGCCAGACCAGAAGCUGUGGCCAGACAAUGAGGCUGAGGUUCCAAAAGCUCCUGGCGGCAAACUCCUUGGAUGA